AUGGAUAGCAAGAUCAUACCCAUCAAAGAUACGCCAGAGUACAAGAAGUUAACAAGAACAUUGGAGAUAUUGGAACAACAGAGGAAGGAUAGAGAGAAUGACAUCGAGGCAUUAAAGAGGCUACAAGCUGAUGCAUUGGCAGACCCAAUAGAGUUUGUCGAAAGGCUGAUAGCUGGUAGAGUCAACCUGCCAACGAAGCAACCUAUUGAACCUGUACCCAUUAUAACCAACCUGUCGGGCUUAUUCUCACCGACCACAAGCUCGUCUCCGUCAUCCAAGUCAUCAUCCAAGUCAUCGUCAAGGUCAUCCAAGUCAACAUCGACGACCACCACGACACAAACUACAUCAUCGUCGUCAAUGUUAUCGCCAACUGAUACUAUGUACUCUCCACCUGGUGACACAACACCUGAGAAGUCACUCAAACGUCCACAUAUAUCAGAUGAGGACCUGUCAAUGUUGGUGGACUCGACGAUAAAGAAGAAGAAGAAGAAACAUAGUACGGAUGGCGAUGGCACGUUCAAUCUAUCAUGGUCCACUGAGGAGCAGAGCAGACUCGAGCAACUGUUGGUGAAGUACCCUUCUGAGGCUGUGGCCUCACACCGCUGGACAAAGAUCGCCGCUGAGCUCGGCAACAGAACACCCAAGCAGGUGGCCAGUAGGACACAGAAAUACUUUGUCAAACUACACAAGCUCGGACUACCCAUUCCAGGCAAGCCUCCCAAUCAACCUUCGCUCUUUCCAAGGUCAACGCCAAAGAAGUCAAAGGACACUGGCGAUGGUACUCCAAAGAAAAAGACAAAGAAGAAGAAAACUCAGAAGAAGGAAGACUCAACAGAUACGUCAAAGGCAUCAACAAGCAAGAAACAAUCAUCAUCAUCAUCUGUUGUCGAUCCUUCACUACCAGUGCAUGAAGGCUACAAGUGUGAUGGAUGUGAUGUUGAACCUAUUGUAGGCACGAGAUGGCGUUGCCAGGAAUGCAUCGAGUUGGACCUUUGCGAUAACUGCAACAACAAGUACGAGGAGAUUGGCCAGCACAAGUCAUCGCAUCACAUGAACUCAUACGACACUGUCGACCCAUACUACUACCGAGACGACGACUACAAGUUCUCCUACAAUGGUGGCGAAGCCAACUAUCUUGAUUCGAACUACAAGCCAUAA